AUACAACAAUACCGAACCGAUUCGAUCCUUUGCCACCAGACCCAUUCCAAACGAAACGAAACGAAACGCAACGCAAAGGCCUUCCCACGCGAAUCCGAUCCCAAUAGCACAGCAAAGAACGGCACGGCACAGCACCGCACACCGCACCAUGGAGACGGAAGCCGGCUCCCCCCCCGAUCCGCGGAGGGAGGACGGAACCCGUGCCAGAAAAGAAGACGAAGACGAAGACGAAGACCAAGUCGCGGGGCCCCCGCCGCGAGCGAUGCGUUCUGCGAUGCAAGACGGCGGGGGCGCUCCGAGUGGCGGAGGCGAACGCGACAACCACGGCAGCGACAGAAACGACAGCGGCAGCGGCAGCGGCAGCGAUAGCCACAACGACAGCGAUAGCCACGACAACGACGACGACGACGACGAGUCCGACGAACACAGCGACACCUCCGAGCUGAUCCGGCUGGCGUCCGCCGCGGCCGUCCGGGACGCGGCAAAGACGAAGCGGUCCGACAGCGACCUGUCGGACUCCGAGGACGAGACCGGGCACGACGACGAGGACAUUCUCGACGAGCUCCUGGAGGAAGACCGGAGGGCCUCCCGCUCUUCGGGCCGGUCCGCCUCCAGCCGGUACAUGGAGCAGGCCUCGUACGAGGCCAGCCUCCUGGAGGACGGCGGCGAAAACGAGAGCGAAAGAGAAAGCGAAGACAAGAGGGCCUCCCCCCGCCGCACCACCCGGCUCACGCCGAGCGGCCGGAUCGGCCGGAGGCGGUCGUCGUCGCUCGGCAUCAUCGACGUGGUGCUGGAACCCAGCGACGACGAACACGAACACAAACACAAAGACGAACCUUCCGCCGGCGAUCCCGAUCCCGGCCGCUCCCAACCCCGGGCCUCCGAGUUCGAGAACUUUCACGGCCUCCAGAGCCUGCGCGGACUCGGCCUUGCUGCAUCCGGUCGCAACGGCGGGGAAAAACGCGAGCGGUGUCCGAGCGAAAACGAUGGUGGAAGCGGUGGCCAGAGCUCCGGCACCGGCGGCCAACGCCGCGAUGCCCCGGUCCAUCCGACCAGCGGGCACGCCGGAGACCCACGGUCUCCCGACUCGGAGCUCCGUGAGGUGUUGCGGGAGUGCGGGUUCGAGCUGGGAUUCGAAUCCGAAUCCGAAUCCGGUGCCGGAAGCCCGCGGGGCAAAACGGAAGAAACCACCGGCGAGCCACCCUGGGACGUCUCGGAAGUGUGCCUCCACGCGGUCUUUUGCGGCUUUUGCCGGCCCCCCCUGGAACUCGGUUCCGCCCGGCAAAUCCUGGCCCUCGAGACGAAGCGGCGGCGGAAGGAGAAGGACCGGAACCCGAAGAGCCCGGGGGGCGGGGACGACGACGAAACAAGCGUCCCCCUGCCCGUCGGGGUGGUCGUCCGGAAGCCUUCGGGGGCGCUCCUCCGCCUGCUCACGGGGGGCACGAAACCUUCCGGGGGCCUCCUGCCCGUGGAGAAGCUGCCGCCCCCGUUUGCGGCGGGCCUCUUUCGGAUCCUCCUCCGGCUGCUGGAGGGGUCGACCGACGCCGCCUACGACGCGGCCGUACUCCUCGCCUCGUGCCCGUGGAAGCACGAGGCGGAACAAAACGAAAAAGACGACAAAGACGAAAAAGGGCCACCGGGCCCACGCAGCACCGGGCGUCUUGGACGGACCGGCGACGCCACCGCCGGCGCCGACCUGGUCCACUCGGUCGUCCGGCUCCGGAUGGCCUGGGCGGGUGCGGUCCGGUCCGUCCUCUCGGCCCUGGACGCCCUGCUCGGCCGGAGCACCGCUCCGCCCGUCGUCCUGUACCCGAUGGCCCGGCUCCUCGGCCUCCUCUGCGCAGGAGGGGUCCGCCCGGGGGAGCUCGGCAGGGCGGUGGCCCUGGCGCAAGACGCCACGAGCGUCCCGCUCCCGGUCCGGCUCCUGCUGGUCCGGGCGCUGGCGGCGGCGGCGGAAGCGGCCGCCUCCCCCGGGAGCCACGGCCACCGCCUCUCGCCGCAGGCGUCGGCCUUUUCGGUGGUUUCGGCGCAGGCGGAAACGCUGGUGCUGACGGGGGCCGCCAACCACCGGGACUUUUUCUCGAUCGUCGGGGGCCCCGGGAUCCAGCGGGCGAUCCAGCUGCCCGGGGAUCCCUCCGCCUGGCCCUUUCGGAACGACUUUGGCGCGGCCUUUUCCUUCCGGGCCGAGGACGUCGGGCCCUGCACCGGUGGCGGACGCGGCGGGGGCUCCCCCCCCUGUAUCUUGCUGCAGGCCCUGAGCGAGAACGGAUGCGGCAUCGAGGUGUCGCUCGUCCCGCUGUCCUCGUCGCCGCCUCCGACGCCGUCCUUUCGCCGGGCUUCCGAAACAAAGGGCCCAGCGGUCCUCCGGCCGACGGUCGCCGUGAUCUCCGUCGCAACGCUCGAGCACCAAAAGGUCGUCGACCGCGUGGGGGUCCACAACUGCCCCCUGCACGCCCGGGUGUGGUACCACGUCGCGAUCCGGCACACCCGGUCGAGGCUGAAGGGGGUCUUCUCGCUGUCCUCGAGGGAGCAGCUGACGGUCCUGAUCGACGGAAAGCCCAUGCUCACCGAAGCGCUCUUGUUUCCCCGGAUCGCCAGGAGCCAUGCCGAUUCCAGGAGGGCGGUCUCCUUCACCGUUGGAAAGAACUUUGAUGGCCAGGUGGCCUCCGUCUACGUCUUCCGGGACAACGUUUCCGAUGCGACCUUCAAGGCCAUGCACGAGGCAACCUCGGCCGGAGCGAGCGACGCGGCGGGCGCUUCCGCGGGUACCGGCGGCAGCGGGGGAAACCCGGGAAAACCCGCGAGAUCGAGCCGGAGCAUCCGAUCGGACGACCUGGAGCACGUGGCCUUUUGCCUGCCGUCGCAGGGGGGCGGCCACCGGGAAACCAGCGGCGGUCCCAUGGACACGGCGGACCUGUCCGGGGACGGGGAAGGAUUCUCCUCCGGGGCGGGCAACCACCCGCUGUCGAGGGCCGCCUUUUCGUCGAGGCUCUACGUCUCCUGGAACCCCCGCCGGAAGGACACCGGUGGCUUCGUGAUGGAACCCUACAGCGGGGCCCACCUCCAGCUCGAUCCGGAAUGUGUUUCGGCGUGGUCCGUCGAGGGCGCCCAGCAGGUCAUCGGAAGCCUCGGGGGGGUCCAGGUCCUCCUCUCGAUCGCCCGGUCGAUGCUCGGCGCACCAGCCGCCGAGCGGUCGUCUCGCGCGAGCAGCGGCGCCGACGAACCAACCACGGUCGCGACGUAUGCGUUGGUCCCGGACCUGCUGAACCUUCUCUCUUGUUUUGUUCGCGGGAACCACCAAAACGCCCGCGAGCUUCUGAGGUGCGGGGGGAUCGACCUCUUGGAACGGCUCCUCUUCGAACACAAGCCAUGGGGCCUCGUCGAUGCGGGGGGGUCCUCCUUCUCGUUAUCGACCCGCACAACGGGGCAUUCGUUGGUUCGAAGCCUGUUCUUGUUUCCGACGCUUUCGAAGGUCCUGGUCCAGGCCCUGGUGGAGCUGCGAUCGUCUUGCAAGCACUUUGCGCCCCUCGAGACGAAAGUGGUCUCGUCGCUGUUGUUCAACAUCCCGUUGUGGCUGUCGGCGGGGCCGGACCGGAAGGUUCUUUGCCUCUCCACGUAUCCCGCCUUUCUGCCGGUCCUCAGCAACAUGGUGCUGAAAAACCCUGCCUGGAUCCGCGACGUUAUCGGUACCACAGACAUGCUGUGGUUGAUUCGAGACAUUGUGGAAACGAAGGUAAGUAGUUGCGUGUGCCCUGUGGAUGCAUGCGCGCACAGCAUCGAAUCGUCGCUCUCAAUCAGGCUUGCAUUGUGGAUCGUUCUUCCGACGCAGGAGGAGACCGACGACGGGCGGGACGGCACCGCACUGUUUCAGCGAACGCCGAGCCAAUCGAUGAAUCCGGGAGGAUUUACCAACCAAGAACGGCACUACCUGAUAGAUACCCUCCUGGCAUGGAUUUUCAAGGUUUUCUCGACCGGACCGGCCAGGGAAGAUUUGUCGGCAUUCAUAUGCCUCCUUUCAAGCUACCUGGGUACGUUCCCUCUUGUGUACUGGCGUGCCACAAAGGUUCUUGCCUCUUCUGCCUGUCUCUCAUAAUUAAGUUUUUCUUCGUAACUUUGCAACAUAGAGCACGAAUGGAACGAAACAGCCAAAGAAAUAUCGGAGGGGAAGCAGGAUUCGGAACGACCUUUUUAUCGCGAAAUGGUAGGUUCAUUGUUUGCGUUUGGUGUGCCACCGUUUCGGGUGUUGGGUUGUCUAGUUAAAGUAAUCUUAUUCAUUUCCUUCGUGCGUCUCGUUCCGAUCAAUAUAGCGCUCCGCGUUUCUCGAAAAAGCGUGCACGGUUUUGUACUGUGCGCUGGAACUUGGUCCUCCACAAACAAUGAAGGACUUUGCUUGGGUAUGCGGUGGCAUCGACAAUGGAGUUGCAUGGAUGCUGUCGGCGAUGGUCAAUUCAUACAGCGACGACAUUCGUUCCAUGGGCAUAAAAUGCGUUGGUGCGUACAUGCGCGCCACUGCACACGGCACAGACCAUCCUCUCUCGUUCGAGAAGAGGUCUUCCUUGAACCUACACAACAAACUAUCUGUCGCGCCUGCAAAAAUUCAAGAAAACACCAUGUCCUUGAUAUCUAAUGUUGGCCAAGGAUUUCUCAACACGGGCGAGAGAAAGAACAAUACAUCAAAUGGGACUAACGAUCCAUCAAAUCUGACGCCGAGGGUUAUAUACAAGCUCCUCUGGCACCUACUGAAGUCGCAUCGUUUCAGAAUGGGCAUAUGCACACAAUCUGCCCUUGUUGGUAUAGUAUUCGAGAAGAAAGAUCCCUUUCUUUCUCAUAAUUUCUUGAUGAGGCAUUUAUUGGUGUCCGAUUCGACGCCACCGUAUGCUACGAGAAUUGAUUUUGAGUGGGCGAAGUCGACGAUGGCGAAGACCGUGGUUGGGGAAGAAGCAAGAAUUCACGAUACUCUCUCUAUGAAUACCAUUUUGAGAGCUUUGCGCUUUUUCCCCACUCAAUAUUCAGGUCGCUGGUUAACUCUUCUUAUUGAUUUAACGAAGGCAAAUCACGGAGCGGCCUCUACCAUCACUUCCUCUACGGAUUGGCAACCCAGUAUGUUCCAAUUCAUAUCAGAAACUAUUGAAAAUAUGGUGACUGCACCAUCGUCUACACCCCAGACAGAGGACAUCAAUGUUGACGAAGAAAAGGACUCAUGUGAGUCGCUUACGUCAAAUAGCUCGCGUAUAGCUUUUGAUCUUUCGUUAGAACUCUACUCGAUUCUUCUUGGGCAUGUUAUUCGAAACAAUACAGAAAAGGUACGUCAAGCAGGAUUGUGUUUUCCUCCGACUCUCGAACACUCUUCUAACACUUGUGCUCGACUCGCAGGCGAUUAUGGUACUGGAAGAAGCAGCCGCAUUGCAACGGGUGUAUGUCAACGGCCCUGAAGUUUUCGGUUUGGUUCUUAGUCACCUUGUGGCUAAUAUUGCUCGAUUCGGAGUGGUGCCAUUUGAUCAGCAACAAAGGACGAAUGCAAAGGAGACCGAGGGUGAUGGGCCUGCAAAUAGAACUCUGUCCAAGCAGAAUGCAAAGAUGGUAACAGAUGCAAUUCUUUCCAAUGGAACUCGAGGAAUAAAACUUUCAACCGCAAAUGCAACUUGGAAGUUUCUGAAAUACCUCGUCAUGUCGACGACAGCAUUCAUUAGUUCUUUGGAUUCGAACGGAGAAUUCCAUGUCGCUUCGAAGAAGGACGAUGUAACCAACGGUGCUUUCGGGAUUCUUCUAUCUGAGGGAGCAGUCGAAGCCUUUGAGUACGAAUAUGUAAUGAAAGUUUAUCAGGAAGAAAAUGAGCACUCUACUCCAAUGGCUAGGCGCUUAGUGAAAAGACUUUCUGUCCAUAUUGCUGUGCAGAUGUUGGCGCUUCUUGAUGCUUUCAUCUUCCCAGAAGACUCCUCCUUGGACUUGAAGUCAUUCCAACUGCAUGGUCUUGCUCUGGUACGGGAAACAGAGACGCAAAUUGGGAAUACGCAAGGACCAUUAUUGGCAUCAUUAAUUCGUGAUUCCUUGCUUCUUAUCUGUAGGCUGGAACCGAGCAGUGUGAAGAUGUUGCAAUGCUGUGGUCGUUUGCGAUGUUUCGUGCACUAUAGUCUAGAGCUAGUUCGAGAAUCCGAAGCGAUGGAGAGGUACUCUGUCACUUUCAAUAAGAUUGCUGUUCCUUUCGAUCAGUUGUUGCAGUCGAGUUUCAUUCGAUCUCACUUCGCACUCCAAAAAUGUGCAAAACUUCUGAGAGAAAUCGAAGCGGAUUCUACCAAGCCCGACCCUCUCUUUUCAAAUAAGGAAGAGCGUAAAAGAGCUUACAGGCGGAUAUUUCGAGUUACCAUCGAGGUAUGUCCCAUUUUCAGCGCUCUUUUCAAUUUCAUUUCAACUUGCGCUAUUUCUGUUCUCACCAUAGGUUCAUUAUUGAUUCAAAAAAUGACAAGCUGCGGGAAAUACUGAUGACUAUUUACGAAAAGCGGGGCGCUGUCUUACGGAAUACUUUGACGAAGGAAUCAAUAGUUGCCUUUCAGUCUUGCAUCGAACCCUCGGUCUUUCUUGAUGCUGAAACAAACAAAACCAUUUCAUCUCAGAAGGAAGCUCUUGUUCGGGACUUGCUUGCGAGCGAUUGGGUACAGAAAUUCGAGAUAGGUCUUUUUCGGAAAACCGAUGCGAUCAGCCUUGUUGAUUGUGAUGCAGCGAAUAUGUUAACAAGCGAAGAUCUGUUCGCACAAGAUUUAGGCAGAUAUUCAUCUGCAAUUGAAAAGGCUUACCAAACAUCUCUUAAUGCCUCUUUUGAAGGUAUGUGUUCUUUGUUCCGUGGUGUAAGCAUUUGUGACUGUUUUGUUAUCGGAUUGCGAUCUAAUCCUGUUUAAUGCACACUUUUGAAAAAGGAUACUUGGAGAACCAAAGGAAGUGGGCAGAGACCAGUGCCGUACGUGAUCUUGAAUUUCAAGGUGACACUACUCUAAAGUCAUUAUCAGGAGAAUGUAAGCAAAAGGGAAAAUUCCGUUCGACGGAUAUGGUGGAACUCUCUUCGGCUGCGAAGUUGCGAUGGGGAGCAAUAGAAAAAAAGGUUGGGAACAUUUUUUUGCAUUCCCAAUCCCAUUGGAGACUUCCUAUAUCAAUGGACCAGAAUGGCCGGCGUAUUUUACUUGUUCCUAAUCUUAAAUUUGAUUCUCAUCAGUGCGCAAGCUAUGAUUCGAUGAUGGGGCAGGAUCGAGAACGAGAGGAAAAGGAAAUAAAAGCGCGGGAGUUGCAGAGCGAACUUUCAGAUCUGAUGAAACGGAAUCAUGAAGCGCUUUCUUCAUACGACGAAAUACUCGCCUUGGAAGACGAAGACGACGAUGAAAAAAAAGAAGAGGAUAUGAAGGACGACUCACAAGUUGUAACUCAGGAACUAUCUAGCCCCGAAACAUUAUCAACUGAGCCAUUGGAGACUAAAGUGAUAGUAGAGGAGUCUAUUUCUGAGGAAUCGGAUGUUGGUGGAGAUGAGUGGGCUCGGGCUUUUGUAUGGCAAGAUGGAGAAUCAAUCGUUGCAAGGUGAGCAUUUUCUCUGCGAAAAUUUAAUGUUCAGGAUGUUUUCUGCUCUAAUCGCAAGUCACACUAACGUUAUUGGUUUCGAUAGGUUUGAGGAGGUCAUGAUCGUAACACUGCGAUACAGGUUUGAUGGCUAUUUAUUAUUGACUACUGAAGGACUUUACUUUCGUCAGAUUGGAAAUGGUGCUAAUGUCAUCAGUAAAGAGUCAUGUCCACUGCCAAGAAGUGAUCGGCGGUGGCGAUUGAAUGGGCUGAAAGAAGUUCACGGGCGCCGCUACUUGUUGAGGACCCAGGCAUUAGAGUUGUUCUUUGCGGAUGGUCAAGAACUUUUCCUUAAUUUCACCAAGGGUCAAAAGGAGCGAAAUCGAUUUUAUGCCAAAGUGAGAAACAGCUGCAAAGUAAGUUAUCGAUUGGAAACAAAGUCAAUACUUCGACAUCAACUCUCAUGAAGUAUCCUAACCUAUUUCUUUUUAGAUUCCUAUGAUAUUUUCGCCAAAGUCUCUGAACCCUCGCGCUGUUUUCAAAAAAUCAAGAAUAACAGAACUGUGGAAAAAGAGAAAAAUAACAAACUUCGAGUAAGUGUCCCGUAAUAGCCUUCGCAUUGUGCGUCUUGUAAUUUUUCCUUGCAAAGCGUGUGAAUGAUUCACAGUGCCUGACCAUUUUCAUCAAUGCAUUUUUAACAGUUAUUUGAUGGCAUUGAAUAGAAUGGCGGGGAGAACGUUCAAUGAUAUCUCGCAGUAUCCAGUUUUUCCAUGGAUCCUUGCUGGUAAGUAAUGCGAAGCACACGUUGUUGAUUGAUACUGUUACAUACAUAUGUCUUACAUAUCGUUUUGAUCAUCUUCAACAACCAUAGAUUACGAAAGUGAAAAACUUGAUCUGUCCGAUAGUAGAGUGUACCGAGACCUAUCGAAACCUGUUGGUGAGUUGUUUUAACGAAAGAGACAACUUAGCUUUCUUCAACAAAACCUUUGUAUCUAACUUAUUACUAUUCUCUCCCUAACGACUUCAUAUUGAUUCAGGUGCCUUAAAUCCCGAUCGACUGGCUAUUCUUAUUGAAAGAUAUCAAGAACUUGAGAGCUUUGGGUUUCCUCCCGAAGAAAAGUUUCUUUAUGGGUCGCAUUAUUCCUCCCCGGGAUUAAUUUUGCAUUUUCUUGUUCGUCAAGAACCCUUUACGAGCAUGGCGAUCGAUCUUCAAUCAGGAAAAUUCGAUUGUCCAGACCGACUUUUUUUCGACUUGAGAGAAAGUUGGAAAAGUUGCAACACGUCUUCUAGUGACGUAAAAGAACUAAUUCCAGGUACAGAUAUACUCGUCAAUUACUGUUCGAUAUGGAUAAGAAAGACAAGGUUUUUUUGGACAUACUUUCUCACUUUUACUUCGCUCUUUUUCGCCCCCAGAGCUGUUUACUACUCCAGAAGUAUUGCAAAACUCGAAUCAUUUCCCUUUGGGUACGACGCAGAAGGGAAUGGUUGUCGACGAUGUUCGCUUGCCCCCGUGGGCAAAAGGAUCAGCACAUGAAUUUGUCAGAAUACAACGGCUUGCGUUGGAGUCCGAGUACGUAUCUAGCAACCUACAGAAUUGGAUCGAUCUAGUGUUCGGAUACAAGCAGCGAGGUCUUGAAGCUGAGAAGGCAUGGAAUGGUAAGUCAUUGCUGCAUGUCCAUUUGUCUAGUAGGACUGUGCCAAAUCUCAAAGGAUGUCUGCUUUUCGACCAUUCCUAUCGAACGGAAACUUGAAUCAAAUUACUAGUCUUUCACUUUCUGUCCUACGAGGGAUCUGUUGAUCUCGAUAAAAUGAAAGACGAUGUCGACAGAAUCGCUACAGAAUCCCAUAUUCAAAAUUUUGGCCAGACCCCAAGUCAGUUAAUCGCAGAUAGUCCCCAUCCAUCUAGGUAUGGAUCCGAGCUUUCGUGGAAGCCUCUGAUCAACAACGUGAGUAUUGCAACAACGAGUUAUUGUCGCUGUUUGUGCCAUGCUUCUCAUGCUGUACCAAUUCUCACCCAUCGAUCGAUCAAUCGAAUAUAAAAUAUUGCGUUGCAGGUUGGAACAGCGGUGCGGCUGCGCUGCCACACGCCUUCGCAGCAAUUCGGGGGCAAGAGUGGUCGUGGCGCCGGUGCGGUCGUCAAUGUGUACGUGAAGACCGACGGCUUGAUUGCUGUGUAUUCGGACCUGAAGGUUGGAUUCUUUUGGUGGUCCCCAAAGAGUGCGACGAAUCGCCUGCAGCCCGAUCGACUCCAGUCCCUGCCGAGCCGCGACCUGAGCUACUCUCGGUCCGUGAUGAAGCGCGGAUCGGCCAUGCCCGAAGCGGUAGGCGGACCAACAAGCCCCUUCGCCGUUGGCAACGCGUCGUUUGCGAUCACCAUCGGCGGGUACGAAAAAGAACAGCUCCGGAGGAGAACCACGUUCACGCACUCGCGCCUGGCCUCCGCAAAGGACGCCCUCUACACCGAUGCGGCCCCCCUUCUCGUCAGCUGCGGAUACUGGGACAACACGGUGAAGGUCCAUUCCACGGAUGCCUGGAAGCUCGAGGCCAGCAACCACGGGGGGCACCGGGGAGCGAUACGCUGUCUCGCCAUGGGCGAGGACGCCGGCCUCCUGGUGACCGGGGGGGAGGAUUGCACGUGCCGGGUAUGGGUCGUGGACCACCCGGAAAUGGCGGCCGUUCUUUCCGAUGGGUACCUGCAGACGGCCCUGGGCAGGCCCCCGAACGACAACCACAUCCUGACCUGCUGCCACGUGCUUCUCGGCCACGAAUCGCCGGUGUCCUGCGUCGCGCUGUCCUCGGAACUCGACAUUGCCGUCUCCGGCUCGGUGGGGGGAAGAAUCUGCAUCCACAAACUCCGAACCGGGGAAUUCGUUCGGUCGUUCCGCCCCCUGGCACCGAGCGGCAGCGCAACGGCUCCCCCCGCGAGCGGCCGGCGGGACGCCGUGCCGGUGACCAAGCUGAUCCUGGAGGAGCACGGCCGGAUGGUCGUUCAGAUGGGCAACCAUCGGUUGCUGACCUACACGGUCAACGGCGUGUGCUUGUGCUCUUCGAACGCCGAGGAACAAAUCCACGACAUGAAAAUCAACGGAGAGGUCCUGGUGACCGGGGGCGAGACCGGACGCGUCUACAUCCGGAACCUGUCCACCCUCAAGAUCUUGUCGGGGAUGAACCUUUCCAAGCACGGGCCGAUACGCUGCGUGAGCUUCACCCCGGCGGACCAGAAUCCGAUCCCCCAGUUCUUGUUCAUCGGCAGCGACGACGGCAUGAUAUCGAUCGUCGAGCAAAACGUUUGACGACGGAGUGACCGACACCGCGGCACCGAACAAAAGGCACGAGACGGCAGAAUUCCUGGAUGCCCCAGACGUAAUAUUAUACUACUUAUAGAGAUAGAAUAGAUAGAAUGAAUAUAC